UAACUUUUUUCUGACUCCGGCGGAGUUCCGGCCGUAAAAAUAAUUGAAUUCGAAUUGAAUUAAUGAUAAUUUUAUUAAUCUUUGUUACAAUAAAUGCGAUAUAGUUUGAUUUCAACCAGUGAAGACUGAUAAUUCAGUACACCUAUUGCUUUUAAACGUCAAAACCAUCCGAAUAACUUGCUUUUACAAAUAAUUUAUGUAAACAAAUAAAGAUGUUUCACGUUUAAGCUUAUUGAGCGGCGAAUAUAAUACAAACAGACCUUGAAUUAUUCUCAAGGUACGUGGCAUCUGUUCAAUAAUGAAACCAUCUGAAAAUGGAGUCACAAUGACAUCAGCAAUCCUCGUGACAGGCGGUGCAGGGUACGUCGGCUCCCAUACAGUGACAACCCUUCUAGAAAAACAGUCAGACAAUCCGGAAUUUGAAAUAGUAGUCGUAGAUAACCUCGCAAAUGCUUACAAGGCUGGUGGGCAGAAGAAACCGGAGCCUUUGAGGAUUAUAGAAGAACUCACGAAGAAGACGAUACAUUUCUAUGAACUGGAUAUCAGUGAUAGGGAAGGAUUGAGCAGGAUUUUUGAAACUCAUAACAUAGAAUGUGUGAUCCACUUUGCUGCGUUGAAGGCUGUCGGCGAAUCUGUGGAGAAACCUCUGGAGUACUAUCAAGCUAACAUCACUGGGACAUGCACACUUUUAGAGGUAAUGCGCAAAUACGGCGUAUACAAGCUAGUAUACAGUUCGUCGUGCACAGUGUACGGCGAGCCCACGCGGCUGCCGAUAGACGAGGGCCAUGAGACCGGCCGAUCCCUCACCAGUCCUUACGGCAAGUCCAAGUACUUCUGCGAGGAGAUCAUGAAGGAUUUGUGUACUAGUGAUAAGAAAUGGAAGGUAAUAUCACUGCGUUACUUCAACCCCGUUGGUGCUCACCGCAGCGGCCGCAUCGGGGAGGAUCCUGCCGGGGUGCCCAACAACCUCAUGCCCUUCAUUGCACAGGUAGCAGUAGGUCGUCUCAAAGAGGUACUGGUAUUCGGUAACGACUACCCGACAGUGGACGGCACGGGUGUCCGUGAUUAUAUUCACGUCGAGGACUUGGCUGAAGGCCACGUGAAGGCCGUUAAGCUAUUCCAGCACCCAGGGUUCAGUGGAUUCCAUGCUGUCAACUUGGGUACCGGCACUGGCUACUCAGUCCUACAAAUGAUAGCGGCCUUCCACAAAGCGAGUGGUCGCGAAAUACCGUACCGCAUCGUAGGGCGUCGCGCGGGCGACAUAGCCGCCAACUAUGCGGACGUAGCCUUAUCGCAUCGCCUACUAGCCUGGCGAGCUACUAGGACACUGGAUGAUAUGUGUGCCGACACUUGGAGAUGGCAAAGCAAUAAUCCUUCUGGCUACAAGACCAGUUAAGAACAUGAAGCAAUAUUUGAGACCUUUGUUCGCUGUUCAAUGUUGCAAGAUUUAAAAGGGUGGAUUUUGGUAUAAAACUGUUAAAAGGUUUAUGUCGAAAUAAAGUUACCAAACUUUGUAAUUCAAUACCAAAAUAUGAUACUAAGAAUUAUUAUAUCGUUAGUUACUAAUUAAUAUGAUAUGACAUCUGCAUUUGAAUGAUAUUUAUUUAAAAAUGGUACGAAAAAGUGUUAGGUACUUGUAUGUAUUUAUUUUAUAUAGUUUAUAGUUUCAAUAGUAACAGAUAUAUUUUAUAUGUAAAACAUGUCAGGCUGUGCCUAUCAUGUUAUUUAGUUAGCUAGAUUCCGUUGAGAUUUCAUUAAAAAGGUUAGUAUAUACUAGAUUUGACUAGACGAAUGAGCAACUACAUAUUAUAUUGUGUAAGAAAAUAUAUAACUUCCAAUAGAUAAUUUAAAAUAUAAAUGCAGAAAAUAUUUGAUAGCCAGUUCAAAUUCAACUUUAUUUGUAUGUACGCAAGGCUCAUUUUAAAGCCUACAAAAGCCAUAUAUAAAAUGCCAUUUUAUUGAGUUUUAGUUAAAAAACAAUAUCGAAUAGAUUAACAUUUUAAUACAAAGUUUUCACCAAAUGUUGAUCGUUCCUAUUAUGUUGCCAUAAUGUUGUAUUUUUUUAAUAAUUUGUAAUUUAUUAUUUAUAAUGUUUAUUUAUUUUUAAAGUUAGAACUUAAUACCAAAUACAUGCCAAAGCAUUUACCAGUGAUUUUAAAGAAAAAUAAUCUAUUUUUGCAACAAUUUUAUUUACGUAAAAUAAAAGUUUUUAAGUUCUAAGGUGUUAGAGCGUGCAUUUUGACAGGAGAUGGCAGGUUUUAUCCAUCAACUAUUGAAACCAAACUAGACAAUUUGAAAGACCUCAUUUAGCAUUAGCAAAACUGUACUUUAUGUACUGCAAGUCAAGAUUGAAAAUAAAUCUUUAUGUACAA